UGUGUGUUGUCUUGGCAACAGUCAGAAUCUCGUGCUCGCGCUGCUCGGGCACUAUUCUUAUUAUUGACGUUUUCUAGAACUUCUCAUUUUCUGAUAACUGCGAUGGACGAUCAAGCUGCAAUUGAAGCGAAAAUGCAGGAAAUGUCUUCGGAAGAAAAAGGACAGAUUGUGAAACGGGAGUUCAAGAGGCUUUGGUUCACAAAUUUCUUCGUGGAACUCAUGAUUGUCGUCUUCAAUGGAGGACUCAUUUAUUACAUCCCUAAAUACUAUCCAUACUUUUUGAAUCAAUUUCUUCUCACCAUUGCGUUUGCCCUGUUCAACAUCGUUGUCACGUUGAAAAUGAAAAAAUCUCUCCAGAGAUUCCAGAUCUUCAUAUCGUGUCUCCACUUCGGUUGGAUUUUCUAUGGGUUUGCAACUGCCCCAGUGUUCCUCACGGCGGUUACUUCAACAUACGAGGAUUGUGAUCCAAAAAGACACGCGUGCAAUGGAUUGUUCAAUUCAGAUCUGUUCCACACUAAAAUGACUGUGGGACUUCUAGCUCAGGGAUGCUUUGCAAUAUUUUUGUAUGGUGAAAUGAGGCGUAUCUGUGUCCUCGCGACAUUCCCGUUCCAGUACUUUGACAACCAAAUGCCAGAGCCAGAGCAGAAGAAGAUCGAGGAGCCAAUUCCUGAAAAGAAUCCAAAUGACAUCAAAAUUGUUGCUUAAUCUUGAUAUAUCAUUAUCUACCUUAUUUUCUAAUUUAUUUUCUGUCUGCAUAUUUUUUUUCACACGCCCGGCAUCUAUCAUAGUUCUCUUUUGAAUAUAUACUUUCAGUCAUGAAAAAAAAGAAAACUAAUAAAGAUUUUCUCAAAUUGAAAAAAUUGAA